AGGCUCUAUAAGAAAUUCAGGAGUAUGGAAAAAACACAAGCCUCUCCCACUCUUCCCCCACAACAGCAAAAGGCACCACCAUUCCCUCCUCACCACACACACCCCAAUCUCCCCCAACGGCAAAAUCCAUCACCAACCAUUUCUCCUCUACCAUUCCCACUAUUAUCAUCGAUUGAUACAUAGAGCAUGCAUAAGGGAGAUAGAUAUAUGAGAUAUCUGUACAUGUUACUUUGCAUGUAAUUUUUUAAAAAAUUGAUUAAUAGGGAAUUGAUAUAUAUAUAUAUAUAUAUAUAUAUAUAUAUGAGCGGGAGCAAUAUGGAUUCGACGGAGCUGAGGAAGGUGUUCAAGAUGUUCGACAAGAACGGCGACGGGAGGAUCACCAAGAAGGAGCUGGGCGAGUCGUUCAAGAACUUCGGCAUCUUCAUCCCCGACGACGAGCUCGACGCCACCAUGGACAAGAUCGACGCCAACGGCGACGGCUGCGUCGACGUCGAGGAGUUCGGCCUCCUCUACCGCUCCAUCCUCGGCGACGACGCCGCCGGCCGAGCCCCCAGGACGGCGGCGGCGGCCAUCGGCGGCGAGGGCGGCGCCCCCGACGACGAGGACGAGGGGAUGCGGGAGGCGUUCAACGUGUUCGACCAGAACGGCGACGGAUUCAUCACCGUCGACGAGCUCCGGUCCGUGCUGUCCAGCCUCGGGCUCAAGCAUGGCCGCACCGCCGACGACUGCCGCCGGAUGAUCAGCAUGGUGGACGCCGACGGCGACGGCCGCGUCGACUUCAAGGAGUUCAAGCAGAUGAUGCGCGGCGGCGGGUUCGCCGCGCUCGGUGGCUAGCCUCUGGCUUGGCCUAAUCUUUGUCCUAAUCUUGUUGCACUUGCACGCAUGGCUUAAUUAACCUGCUUGUGGUAUUUUAUGCACCGCUCGGUUUGUAGAUAAUUUGACAUGAUUAGCAGUUAAUUAAUAGGCCGGUUUGGUUAUGCAUGGAUGAUUUGAUAAUUAACUUGUGUUGAUUUCCUUUUGUUGGUUGGGUUAAUUAUGUUGUCAUUUUUUACAGUGUAAUCAUGUUUACUCCCUUCA